AUGUCAACAGGCACUUGCCCUGCGCGGUCAGAACCCACGCUCUCCUUUACGCAAGGAUUCAUCGUUGGGCAGAUCUCUGUGGUUGUGAUACUUGCCGCGUUUAUCAAGUUCUUUAUAUUCGGAGACCCCCCUUCACCAGAUGUCACAGCCUCAUUGCGCGCAACAGAGCGCCGUUCCCGGACUCUGGCACACAAGCAAUCUCUACUCACGCUAAGAUCUCAGGGCCAUCGCCAUGGUCAGGGAUUGAAUCGCAAAAAAUCAACGGUCCUUCGCAAUCCACCAGCCCUUACAAUUGGCUCCAUUCUCAGCAAGACGUACUAUAAUGUCGAUAGCCACCAGCCGGAAAGUCUAGAUUGGUUCAAUGUCUUGGUUGGCCAGACGAUUGCUCAGUUUCGCAGCGAUGCGCAGCACGACGACGCUAUUCUCAACUCGCUGACAAAGGCACUCAAUGGCACUUCGCGACCAGAUUUCAUUGAUGAAAUACGGGUGACAGAGCUCAGCUUGGGUGAAGAUUUCCCCAUCUUCAGCAACUGUCGCAUAAUCCCCGUCGACGAGGAUGGCAUCAGCCUAGGUGCGGGUAUUCGGUUUGACCCCGCCACUGCAGCGCGCGACGGCACACGCCUCCAGGCACGAAUGGACGUGGAUUUGAGCGACAUGCUCACUUUGGCGGUAGAGACGAAGCUUCUCUUAAACUACCCCAAAAAGCUUUCGGCCAUUUUGCCUGUGGCCCUGGCCGUGUCGGUGGUCAGGUUCAGUGGCACUCUAUCCAUCUCCUUUAUCCCGAGUAACCCCUCUCAGUCGACACCAGCCAUGAUGACGUUUAACUUUCUGGAUGACUACCGACUAGACUUUUCUGUUAGAAGUCUGCUUGGGAGCCGGUCUCGACUGCAAGACGUCCCGAAAAUUGCACAGCUCGUCGAGGCCAGGCUUCACAAGUGGUUUGACGAGCGGGCAGUGGAACCGCGCUUCCAAGAGAUUGCUCUUCCUAGUCUAUGGCCUCGCAAGAAGAAUACGCGAGGCCCGGAUGACGCGAUGGGCGAAGGUUCGGGCUCCAUGGGCCGUGCUAAAGGCAAGGAGACUGAACGCGAACUUCGUGAAGACAUGCGCAGCAGGGAUUCGUUUGGCGAUGCGGAUCUAAGGGAUGCAGCUUCCAUGCGCCGUAGGAGGUCCUGGCGAGAUGAGGAUGAUUAUGCUAUGCCGGGCUCGCUGCCCGGAGUAAGGCUGGAUGCGCGGUAA